AUGUCGGCCAGAUAUGCUUUCAGCAAGGGUCUGAAGGAGGUUCGGUUCCUCUUUUGCCAAACCGGCGAGCAUAGCUCUGCCACGAGGUCUUUCCUCUCUCGAGCGUAUCCCAUCAUGAAGAAGAACAACCCCCUCGAUCCCCAUCAUGCUGCGCGAAGCUUCAGGGCACCCUCCCCCAAAAUCUACGCGAGAUACGGUCUUUCGGACAAGCAGAUCGAGGAUACGGUUACGAAGCUCGUCAAGGAAUAA